AGAGGUGAUAGGCUACCAGUCAACCAGAGACAUCGUACAUGGAAAGGACACAUUGGACACUUGUUCAUCAGUGUGAGCGGAGCAGGAAGCAUGACAGGGGAGACCUUCAGAGUGUUAAGGUUAUGUCAGCAUCACGUGGCUCUGCUGCGGAGAUAUCCACAUCCCGGCUCAUCACUCCAAACAACCAGAUCCUUCAGUUCACUCAGGGAAGGUAAGCGCAGAGGGUUGCUAUGGAAGACACUCGUUGGCGUCACCGUUGGCGUGCCCGUGGCGGUGGGUGUCCGCUACGCCGUGUCAGAACCCAGAGAGAGGAGGAAGAUGAGGAUCGUGAUUGAAGGAUUCGGUCGGUUCUGCAGAUCUCUCUCUGUGGGAAUUUUUAUCUCUUUGGAUUACUGGUGGACCACCAAUGUGGCUAUUCGUGGUCUAGAUGAGAGCAGCCCAUCCUACUUGGCCGAGAUGUCAGCUUGCCACCAAAGGGCAGCAGAGUACAUGGUGGAAGGAGCCAUAAAGAAUGGAGGAAUAUACAUCAAACUCGGCCAGGGUCUGUGUUCCUUUAACCAUCUGCUACCCCCCGAGUACAUCCGCACCCUGCAAGUACUUGAAGACAAGGCCUUGAACAGGAAGUACAAAGAGGUGGAUGCACUCUUCCAGGAAGACUUCAACAAAAGCCCAGAUGAGCUUUUUAAGAAGUUUGACUAUGAACCGAUUGCUGCUGCCAGCUUGGCCCAGGUCCAUAAGGCAGAACUGUUCAAUGGAACGUCUGUCGCUGUGAAGGUGCAGUACAUUGAUCUCAGAGAUCGGUUUGAUGGUGAUAUCCGAACAUUGGAGAUCCUGUUGGAUAUCGUUAAGUUCAUGCACCCCAGCUUUGGGUUCAGAUGGGUCCUCAAGGACUUGAAGGGAACAUUGGCUCAAGAGCUGGACUUUGAGAAUGAAGCCAGGAAUUCUGAGCGGUGCGCCGAGGAGCUGAAACACCUCAAAUUUAUUGUUGUACCCAAAGUCUUUUGGGAACAAACUAGUAAAAGAGUGUUGACGGCAGAGUUUUGCAACGGCUGCAAAAUCAACAACGUGGAAGAAAUUAAAAGACAAGGAUUAAGUUUGAAAGACACUGCUGAUAAACUGAUCCGAGCAUUUGCUGAACAAAUAUUCUACACCGGUUUCAUCCACGCUGACCCUCACCCUGGAAAUGUACUAGUGAGACGAGGUCCAGAUAGCAAGGUAGAGUUGGUGCUCUUGGACCAUGGCUUGUACGAAUACCUUAGUCAACGUAACAGAGUGGCCCUUUGUAAACUGUGGAGGUCCAUAGUCCUGCGAGAUAAGGCAGCAAUGGAGAAGUACGCCAAUGCCCUUGGAGUCAAAGAGUACUUCCUCUUCUGCGAGAUGCUGCUGCAGCGACCCAUCAACAUGCAGGAGCUGGGUCUGUCCAACAUACUGAGUCGGGAGGAGACAACCUACAUGCGCCAAAUGGCCGUCCACCGCUUCGACAGUGUCAUGCAGGUGCUGAAGUCGAUGCCCAGGCCGAUGCUGCUGGUCUUCCGCAACAUCAACACGGUCCGAAGCAUCAACAUCACUCUAGGAGCUCCGGUAGACCGCUACUUCAUCAUGGCCAAGAGUGCAGUGCGAGGUUGGGGAAAGAUCCAGUCAGACAAAGUGGGGAUGCUGCCCAGGUUCUGGGUCUUCCGUUGGGUGCGGACAACGUGGGAGAGCUUCAAGUUUGAGCUGGCUUUGAGAUCGGAGAUGGCGAUGAUGAAUCUGACGCGUUCCUUCGUGAACGUGCUGUCUUACUUUGGUCUCAUAUCUCUGGACGCAGACAUGUAUGAGUACCUGAGGUAGUGCGCAGCUCACCAACACUUUUCUGAAGGAAAACAAGAUUGAAGACAUUUUCCAACUCAAGCACAAGUUAAUGCAAGCCAACCACUGGAAAAGGACCCUUUCACCAGCAGCAUGUGCUGCUAGUAACGGUGCUACUCAAGUGUGUGUAUGUGCAUACUGUUUCAACACCAAAUAUCCUGAACUGAUGUUUUAAAAAUGGGUCAGAAUUUAUUACAAUGCAGGACUGUAACUUUACAGCCUAUUGGUUUUAUUUAAAUGAAGAAAAUCACUUUUAUUAUACUUUUUAUUUAAUAUUAAUUCAAUUUGUUUUAGUUUAAUCUUGGUAGAGCAAAUCUUUUUAUAAUCCAACUUUGAUAGACUCCAUUUAUUUAAAAAAACAACUGGUUGUGUCAUCAUGGCUAAACAACACAUCAGCUGGAUUCAUAGUGAUCUUUGAGUAAUGUAUAGUAAUUGUACACUGGCUGUAAAAAGAAGCAAACAUGAAGUCUUGUAAAAAAUGUUUCUUUAUGGUUUCCAGUGAAAUGUUUCAGUCCCUCAAGAAACUGCAGCUUUAUUCACAGCAAUACAGAUUAUUACUAAAUGUAAAUCUGUCAUAUGAACACUUGAUAUUAAUGUUUGUGAUGAACUAUUUCUGUUAAGGUUUAUUUUGAUGAAAGCUACUAAAUACGGGAACCUUUUGGCAUUUAGGUAGUUUUUGCUUUUCAACCAUGACUACACUCUGUGCAGGUUAAAAGAACAGUCCAGUGACACCUAACCAAAUGUUUAAGUUAUUUUAACAGUGUUAAUAAAAUGUUCUACCUCCUU